AUGGGUCUGCGCAAAGUUUAUGUUCUCAUUGCAGAAAUUGAGGCCAGAGAAGCCUGCGACUGGCUGAGAGCUGCCGGUUUUCCCCAGUACGCCCAGCUAUUUGAAGAUAUGCAGUUUCCUAUUGAUGUAAAAACUGUGCGGAAAGAUCAUGAAUUUUUAGAUGGAGAUGCGAUUGAAUCACUAUUCAGACGGUUGAACACAUUGAACAAGUGUGCAUCAAUGAAAGUGGAAAUAAGUCAUCAGAGGAAACAGAGCGAUGACUCUGAAGAUGAUGAACCUUGUGCAAUAAGUAACAAAUGGGCUUAUGAGAGGUGCAGUCAGAGAUGGUCUCGUAUCAAGAGCAUAGAAGGUUUCCCAGGAGAGGAAGGUGCUAGUGCAUCAGUCCCAGGCAGUCCAAUAGUGAAGAGCAUCAGCAACGACGAUACCGUCUUUCUGGAUCAUGGCGCGAAACAUGAUGUGUCCUCAGUUCACAGUACUAGCAGUGGUGACAGUGACAUUCUUAGCUUCCCAAAACCAUUUGAAGAUGUGGAAACCAGCACGAGUUCCUCAAGAUGUUCCUCAAUUAAGGUGGCUUCACUGGUCUCUACUUUUAGUUGUUCUCCUCCUCCCAGUGAAUUUUUAAAUAUCACCAGUAAGGAGAAGCUUUUGGAUAAGUCACCAUAUAAAAAGAGGAAGAGUCUUCUAAAGAAAAUGGAGAAGUUGCACUUAAGGAGCUGCAACUUCAGGAGUGGUCAGUCAAAGGCCAAACCCAUAAUAAGUGAACCUGUUCUUCUGGAAGGACUUAAUGAAGAAAAGAUGAAGAUGUUGAACUGUGUAAAUAUUUCUGACCUCUCUGGCAUCCAAAGAAAGAAUGAUUCUUCCUUUUCUCCCCAGAGUUGCAAUAGCUGCAAUCAGCCUGAAAAUAGUAGCCCAGUGAGCACUCCAAGUCCUGUUACAAAACCACGAAGCCACUGUGAAGGAAGCAGGGUGUACGCAGAGGACUUGGAUUCUAGCAAGCUCUUGCUGGGGAAUGAUCCAUCUCAGCAAAACCUGAAAAAUGACAUGAAAUUACAAAUGAACCAGAUGUUUCAAAUACCACAAGGCCAUAAACUUGGCACGUUCCCCAAAGCACUUACAAACAGCUCCCUGUCUCCAGUAGACGACUCUUCCAUCAACUGGAGAACUGGGAGUUUUCAUGGGUGCAGGAGGAGGCGGAGCAGAAGCAGUUCCAGGGACUCCAGAGCCCCCAGGAGUCCCCUUUCAUGCACAGAUAACAGGCUAAGUGUGUAUGACAACAUGCCCGAUAUUGAACUUGAUAAUUUGGAGGCAGCACAAGUUGGUGAUGAUGAUGUUUUUUCAGAAUUGAACAAUGUUAUAGAAGAUGUCAAUGGUCUCAAGAAGUUGGUUGAUCAGUGGACAGAGAAGUUCUCAGAAGAUGGGGAUUCCGACUUUGCCAGUGACUUGACCUCUUUGUAUCCAUCCUCGCCUAAAGAAAUCUGUCUUGAAACAGAGGGCUCGGAAGAUAAGAGAGCGGACCUCCCAACCACUGAGGGAGAGAGCAGCUGUGAACUGGGCAAGGAGAUCAGUUCUGCAGACUUGGCAUAUGUGACGGACUCUAAAAAGACCAAGAGGUCAACCGUGACCUUGGAAAGGCUUUCCAUCCAGACUGAUGGCCAGUCAGCUGCCCAGCUAGCCCGGACACAAAAGCUGGCUUUGUUGAAACUCACUGCUUUAAUGGACAGAUACUCCCCUUCCACUAAGCAGGGCUGGAACCGGACUAUACCAAAGUUCAUUAAAAAAAUAAAAGCCUCUGACUACAAGGACAAAAAUGUGUUUGGGGUUCCUUUGCUUCUGAAUGUUCAGCGAACAAGCCACCCACUGCCUAACGGCAUACUGCAAGCACUGGACUAUUUAAGAAGCCACUUUCUUGACCAGGUUGGCCUGUUCCGAAAAUCCGGUGUUAAAUCCAGGAUUCUGUCUUUAAGAGAAAUGAAUGAAACCAACCCAAACAACGUAUGUUACGAAGGACAGUCAGCAUUUGAUGUGGCAGAUAUGGUGAAGCAGUAUUUCCGAGACCUUCCUGAGCCUAUCUUUACUAGCAGGCUCUGUGAAUCCUUCCUCCACAUCUACCAAUACGUGCCAAAGGAUCAGCAGUUUCAGGCUGUCCAGGCUGCUAUUCUCCUUCUCCCAAAGGAAAACCAAGAAGCUUUGAAAAUCCUCCUGUUCUUUCUACGUGAUGUGGUUGCUUUUGUAGAGGAAAACCAGAUGACCCCAACGAACAUUGCUGUCUGUCUUGCACCUUCUUUGUUUCACCUCAACAGCCUGAGACGGGAUAGUUCCUCCUCCUCCACUAGGUCUAGUCAGAGGAAGUGCAGCUUGGGGAAGCCAGACCAGAGGGAGCUGAGUGAGAACCUGGCAGCAACGCAGGGCUUGGCCCACAUGAUAAUGGAGUGCAACAGACUCUUCCAGAGGGAGGCCCCAGCGAGGACCGACCAUCCCUUGCUGUGGGAGUGGGUUAACGAGGUUUUUGCUGCUGGGGCCUGGCCGGAGCAACAGCCAUACCUACGCUUGGCCAUGGACCCCAGUAAUCUGCACCUGGACCUUGACCCACAGACUGACUUCCCGGCUUGA